AUGAAAAUCUUCCUGCUUGGAGCCACAGGCUACAUUGGUGGCGAUCUUUUGUACUUGCUCAACAAGACUCACCCCGAGUAUGAGAUUACUGUUCUUCCGUGCCUUACGCAAAUUUUCUACCGAUACAUCAAUUCACUACAUCCACACCUCCGGCACCGGUCUCCUGACCCACGACGCGGGGGACCCUCCCAACCACGCCACGGCAAGAUCUAUAACGACAUCACCGACAUCGACGACAUAACCUCCUUCCCCUCAGCAGCAGAUCACAGAAACGUAGAUGAAAUAGUCCUCGACCUCGCAAACGCAGAAUCAGAGCGCAUCAAAACCGCCAUCGUAUGUCCUGCAGUAAUCUACGGCACAGGAAGAGGGCCGGUUAAGACAACAAGUCUGGCUAUCCCUUUUAUAGCCGCGGAUGUGCUGAACAGGGGGACUGGGAUCGCGCCCGAAGGGGAGUGGGUUUGGGGAAACGUGCAUGUGGAGGAUAUGUCCCGCCUGACCCUCUCGCUAAUCGAAAUCGCCGCUACCACCAACACCGCCUCCAACACCGCACUAUGGGGCAAGGACGCAUACUACUUUGUCGAGGCGAGUGAAAGCGAUUGGGCGGACAUCAUACGUCAAGUCGUCCGCGAAGCCCAUGAAGCUGGGUUGGUGCAGAGUGAGGAAGUCAAGUAUCUGAACAACGCAAAUGCCGUGGAGCAGGGUGGACCGGUAUAUGCGUAUUUUUUCACUAAUUCAAGGAGCAGAGGAAGCAGAGCGAGAGAAUUGCUUGACUGGGAACCUGUGCAGGUUGGUAUUGAGGGUACCAUCAGGGAGGCGGUGAUGGCAGAAGCGUCCAAGCUUGGGAUGCUCUAGGGAUUUUCAGCCUCAUCUCCUAGGCAUAUGAGUAAAACUCCAGUUCACCCAUUGUCCCAUCAUCGUUCCUCCCUGAUAAUUGGUAAUGAACUCAUCACCUCGACCAUCCCAUGUGCAUAUGAGAGGACCUCCAAAGCUCUACUGGGGGCUCCAAAGCGUUCUUCGGGUGAUGCUGCAGCGCGGCACUGGUACUGCAGCUCGCAAGACUGUCAAAUCG